AUGAAGGUCAUAAGCAUUAUUCCCAUCCACCUGUUCCUGUUCCUGCACUGCAUACAUGCUAUAUAUCUGCCCAAAGAUGACGCUCCUGAUAUUCUCAUACCCGCUCACCAAAACUUCGAUGAACCCGUACAAUUACGCUUGAAAUGGACCCCGUGCAAUCUGGGCGUUCAAGAAUUCAAGAAAUUGGAAAAGAACAAGGCAUUCGAGUGCAGUCCUUUAGAUGUUCCUCUCGACUAUACCAACUUAUCCAGGGGCACUACGACAUUGAAUUUGAUCAAGCUCAAAGCGCCCAAGCAAUCUAAGACCGAUAAAUUGUACAAAGGCAGCAUCAUCGUGAAUUUUGGUGGUCCAGGUGUUUCCGGAGUCGAGACCUUGUUGCAAAUGGACCCUGAUAGUGCCCUCUCGAUGUUUGGCGGAGGAUACGACAUAGUCAGUUUUGACCCACGUGGUACUGGCAAGACAUUGGUUCCGCCUGAGGAUAAUGGAACUCUGACGCAAAUGGUCAAAGAGUUCAUCUACACCGCUCAGGAUUCGUCGUACUUUCUCAAUGAAAGCGAAGCUAUUACUGAACAUUUGAUCAGCGAUGGUUUGAAUUAUAUAAGCACUUUUACGGAAUCCUUUCUUACGAAGGACGAGGCACGGAGGUUCCGUGGCACUGCAUUCGUCGCCAGAGAUGUCGCGGAAAUUGCCCUGCAAAUAGGUAACCGCAUCAACUACUGGGGCAUUUCGUACGGCACGGUCGUAGGUCAAGUUCUGGCCGGUAUGUUUCCUGACCGUAUUGCGCGCAUGCUUCUCGAUGGCAAUCUGCUCGCCGACGACUAUGUUGACAACCUGGGGCUCGAUAGCACCAGGGAUGCAGAGAAGGCCUUGUAUCAUUUCUACGACGAGUGCAUGGCAGCCGCAAAUGAUUCAUGUCACUCGGCUAACAAGCUUCCCAAAAAACGAGAUGAUUUCCACGAAGUCCUCAAUCGCGUCUUCAUGGUCUGCACAGGAGUUGGGGGUGGUUUAGGCAGCGCUAAAUCACUCGCGCUGAGCAUCGGGGUUCUCGGAGCUCUCUAUAGCAUUGAUGGUUAUCUUUGGCUGGAUGAACUGAUUGAUACCACUUUGGAGGGCAAUAGUUCGAUGUGCUCCCAGAGUCCUGGCUUCGGAAACUCGACAACUUGGAAUCCGCUUGAGGACCUUGCCCAUCAAGCGAUCUGGUGCAGUGACGCAACUUUCCGCGCUGAGACCCCUGGGGAAGUCUUUUCCUUGUUCCAAGACGAUCAGGCCAAAGAUAACCCCUUCUUCCUCUCGGAACUACUUCAGGCCUCGGUGUGUUUUCGAUGGAACACUCACGCAGCUGAAGCGAUAAAUCUUACAAGCCUUUCAAGAGUCAAGACAAGAGUCCCAAUCCUUCUCGUCAACGGCAAAUACGAUCCGGUAACUCCCCUGGGUAAUGCCCGGAAGAUAUCUGCCAGAUUUCCUGGGAGCCAGGUUGUUGUUCACAACGGUGUUGGUGUCAGUAUAAUAUCAUGUCUUGAAUUGAUGGUGAUACUGACAGAAACUCAUAGCAUGGCUUCACGGCCCAUCCUUCAAAUUGCACUCGAGAUAUUGUAG